AUGCACAUGCGAAUUCAUACAGGAGAGAAACCUUAUUCUUGUGAAAUAUGUGACAGAUGCUUCACACAACUAGACCAUUUGAAUAAUCAUAUGACAACGCAUACCGGAGAAAGGCCAUAUUCUUGUAAGAUAUGUGGAAAAUGUUUUGCGACUUCCAGUACUUUAAAUAAUCAUGUGCGGAUUCAUACAGGAGAGAAGUCAUAUUCCUGUAAAAUAUGUAAAAGGUGCUUUACGCAAGUUUGUAAUUUGAAUGAUCAUAUACGGAUUCAUACCGGAGAAAAGCCAUACUCAUGUGAGAUUUGCGGAAAAAGUUUUAAACAUUCUAGCAGUCUGAAGACUCAUAUACGAAUUCACACUGGAGAAAGGCCAUAUUCUUGUAAGAUAUGUGGAAAAUGUUUUGCGACUUCCAGUACUUUAAAUAAUCAUGUGAUAAUAAUGAUCAUAUACGAAUUCAUACCGGAGAAAAGCCAUACUCAUGUGAGAUUUGCGGAAAAAGUUUUAAACAUUCUAGCAGUCUGA